AUGCUUUUCUUGGUUGUGCUGAUAGCUGUUGGGUUAGCCAGUGCUGAGGAAGAUCGGAAACUUUCCUGGAAGGAGGAUGACGGCCUGGAGAUCAAGAUUGUGAAGCCGAUCAAGAAGGAGGAGUGCAAGGAAGUCUCAAAAGCGGGUGAUGAAGUCCUGCAAUUCUACCGACUGACCGACAAAGACGGCAAGGAAAUUGGCAGUAACUUCGGCAAAGAGCCAUACACCUUCGUUCUGGGUAAAGGGAGAGUGAUCGCGGGAAUGGAUCGAGCAAUGAUUGGAAUGUGCAUAGGAGAGAAGAGAAAGAUAGUCAUCCCCGGAAAGCUCGGCUUUGGUGUCGGUGGAAGAGAAAGAGAUAACAUCGCCAAGGACCAGAUACUCUACUACACUGUGCAAUUGGUCGACAUCUUCAAACCGGUUCCUGGCAAGAAAUGGACAACCGAUGAGGGCAUUACUAUCGAGGUGACGCACAAGAUUGACGAGGACAAAUGCCGCAAGUCGGAAACCGGUGACACCAUCCACCAACAGUACGAGCUCCACCUUGAGAACGGUACUUUCGUCGAUUCGUCCUUCUCACGCAACAAGCCCUUCAUCUUCCAGCUGAAUCAAGGAAAAGUCAUCAAGGGAAUGGAUAUCGCCAUGACGGACAUGUGUGAAGGAGAACGUCGCCAUGUUGUCAUUCCAUCCGAUUACGGUAGACAAACAAGUUAUGGUGACGAAGGACGACUUCCCCAGAUCCCCGGCAAAGCCAAACUCGUCUUUGAUAUCAUUCUGGAGAAGCUGAUCAAGAAGGAUGAACUCUAA